UUUGCUCAUUUUCAGAUUUUUUUUAAAAAUAAUUAUUGUGUAUUUUGUUGAUCCAUUCCUAAAAUAAUUAUUGACGUGGACAGUGUGGGGUCCUAUCAUAUUUAUAUUUUAUUCUCUUCGAUAUACAAAUCCUAGGGGUUUCGUGAUUACUCUCUCUCUGAUUCAUCGUCGCAUACCCAUUUUGAUAUCUGUAAUGGCAGAAAGAAUUGGAGGAGCUGAAGCAGUGAUAGAUCUCAAACCUGGAUCUUCAAUUCCAAUUUCGUAUCACCCUUCUUUUGGGCCUCACGAUGAUCUACUCCUCCUCGAAGCUGAUGACACUCUCGUCUCUGACAUCUUCAGUCAAAGGGUAACAUUGAGGGGACUUCCUGAUGAAGAUGCUGUUCUUUGCACCAAAUCCAAGACUUUUGCUAUCAAAUUUGUUGGUAAUUCCAAUUCCAUGUUCCUUAUUCCUCCUUCAUCAUCUGAUGAUGAUACUAACAUCAACAACCGUCAGCUUGUAUCCGUUCUCAAAAUUUCUCCUGGUAAUAUGGAACUUGUUGAGGUUUCUCCUAGGCUUGACAAACUCAAGCAGCUUUUAUUGGCUAAUCCAUUCGGUGCUGCUGAAGUAGACGCCAUGAUGGAUGAUAAUGAUGAUGAUAAUAAUGAGAAGAAGGGUGUAAAGUUGUAUACUUGGACCGAUUUGGUUAACACUGUUCAAGCGAGUGAUGAGGAGUUGAGUGUUGGGUUGCAGAGUCUUUCUGCUGUUGAGAUUGAUGGUUACUGGAGGGUUAUUGAUGAGAAUUACCUAGACGUGAUUCUGAGAAUGCUGCUUCAUAACUGUGUUCUGAAUUACUGGUCUUUUGAUGAUCUCGAUGAAGAUGAAGUUGUGAGUGCGUUAGUAGCUGAUGAGUUUCCUAGUAAGCUCGCGAGUCACUGCUUGCGCGUGUUUGCCUCUAGAGUUAAUAGUAGUGGAACUGGUAAGUGGAAGUUGGAACCGAGGCUUGUGUGUUUGCAUUUUGCUAGGCUGGUACUGAGAGAUGAAAAGAUGAGACUAGAGAGUUUCAUGGAAGAGUGGAAGAAGAAGAUUCCGGAUGGGAUGGAAGGAAGGUUCGAGAUGCUUGAAGGAGAGGUUUUAACAGAGACAAUAGGGAUCGAGACACGGGUUUACACAUUCAGCGUACGCUCUCUGCCUUCAACUCCAGCAGAGAGAUUUUCUAUACUCUUUAAACAUAGGUCAAAAUGGGAAUGGAAAGACUUGGAGCCUUACUUGAGGGAUCUUCAUGUUCCUAGGCUUUCUAUGGAAGGUUUGCUUUUGAAAUACACACGCAGAGCUCAGCCUAAAGCUGAUGCACCACCUGUCUUUAGUGCAAGAUGAAAAGAUAGUUUCUAAACCUUUUUGGCUUCUUUGCUAUAGUUUGUGUUAGUUGAUGUUAGAAGACAAGAAGUGUGGUAGAGUUGUUAAGAGUUUUGUGAAAUUAAAGGUCACGGAUCAUCCAAUUUAUGUGGUUUAGUUUUUUUUUUGGUCGGCACUAACCUAUUUUGCAUAAACGUUAAAAAACUAUAUUUAUUGGCUGGGCCAAAAUUGAAGAGAUCGACUUGGGUCCUGGUUUAUCUUUA